AUCACUGACCCUCUAACUUGGACAGUGGAGAAGCUAGACGGAUAGAAGGAAGAAAACCAACUCAGGUUCUGAUGGCGUCUACUCCGUUUCUGCACCCUGCAACGUCGUCGUUUCGCGGUCAAUUCCCAUUGGUUUCGGCUCCAUCGUCCGCGCGGGUGCCAGUUCGCAAUGGCAAUGGAGGGUUGGUUUCGGUGAGGGCGACGGGGGAGAUUGUUUUGGUGGAGAAAUCCGAAGCAGAGAAGACGCAUCGGCUCAAGACUACCUACCUUGAAAAGAUUGUUCCUUUACUCAAAGAAGAGUUUAACUACGCUAAUAUUCACCAGGUCCCAAAGAUUGAGAAGAUUGUGCUGAACUGUGGUAUUGGAGAUGCUGCACAGAAUGCCAAGGGUUUGGAAGCUGCAAUGAAUGACUUGGCACUUAUAGCAGGGCAGCGACCUGUAAAGACACGAGCAAGGGUUUCUAUUGCCACCUUCAAGAUCCGGGAAGGUCAACCUCUGGGGAUUGCUGUCACCCUCAGAGGAAAUAUGAUGUACUCUUUCCUGGAUCGGCUGAUUAACUUAGGGUUUCCAAGGACAAGAGAUUUUCAGGGUUUGAAUCCAAACAGCUUUGAUGGACAUGGUAACUACAGCAUUGGAAUUCGUGACCAAAGCGUGUUUCCAGAAAUCAGGUUUGAUGUUCUUGGUAAGCCCAAGGGAAUGGAUGUCUGCAUUACAACUACAGCCAAUACCGAUCAAGAAUCUUACAAACUGUUGGCUCUCAUGGGUAUGCCAUUCCGGGAAGGUGGUGUAUCGGCAGCUGGCCCUCGUAAGAAGAAGCUGAAGGGUCAUCAUUUUGAUGCUAGAUCAAAGGGGAAGGGCCGGAGAUGAAAGUCACCAUUGUGAGGGUCGGAGAUUGUUGUAUCAUUUUGUAGCUAUUUGAGUCUUGAAUGUAAUGAAGCCAACAUGACGAUGAAUUGGGUUAUUAUUUAUCAGAUAUUCUUUUAAUUCUCUUAUA